AUGGUCAGGACGAAGGACCCAAUCAUUGCAGAACAAGUUGCCAUUGCAUUAGCACUGACGAUGGAGGAUAUCGAAGUCAUCUACAGUGAUUCAAGCGCAGCACUACGGGCCUUCGCAAAUGGUACGGUCUCGGGAGAAACGCUACGAAUACUACAAGGCAAGGAAAUCACGCAUCACCUGCUGAGUUGGUUCCCGGCUCACCUUGGUCAAAUCAAGGACUCCCCUCCCAAUCUCAAUGAAGCGGCACACGAGGCGGCGCGAGACCUCUCCAACCGCGCCUCCCCGGGCAUGCGUUCUAAUGAUACGGAGCAAUGGGAGCUGACGUGCGGCGAAGGCGGCGUUGGCGACCAUCCCCCGGCGAGGCAUAACCAUUCGUGCGUGGUGCACCAGGGCGCCAUGUGGAUUUACGGCGGACUCACGGAUCUACACGAACGGGCCGACUUCUGGACGUACCACUUCGACACAGGUCGCUGGAGCCGGAUUCGACAACCGAAGGGCGCUCCCACCGAGCUACACGGGCACGCUGCGGUACAAGCCCAAGGCUUCAUGUACCUCUUCGGCGGAGAACGGGCGGGCGCUGCUAACAAUGACCUAUGGAGGUUCCACUUUGCGAGCGAGACGUGGGAGAAGGUCGCGGUGGAAGGCACCGUGCCCACGCCCCGGUGUCGCCACGUGGCCCUGGUCAACCCGGGACUGGCCACGUGGGCCGACCGCGUGUCGGCCACCAAGGAGGACGAGGAAAGUGGCACGGCGCUGCACCAGCACCGGCCGCGACACGGCAGGGCCGCCUCGCUGCGCUUCAAGGUGCACCCGGUGUCCCGGUUGUGCAGCAAAAGCACGGGUUCCCAGGACGACGACGAGGACGACGACGUCGGAUGCGCGUACGGAGGAUGCGGAGCCCAGGUCAAUCUCAGGUCCCUGAAGGAGAAGCUAUCCAGCAGCCGGCUGGUGCGCAGCAUCUCCAGCGGCAACUACUCGGUGAGCAGCGCCGUGCGCCGAGACGAGACCGAAAAGCUGCUCGAAGGAGCAGACCCGGCGUCCGGCGUGCCCACGCCGCAGGCCAUCCAGAAGUCCGCGAGCACCGACGCCGUUCUCGAGGCCUCCGACAGCAGCGGGGAGUCGACGCCCCAGCACCAGCGCAAGCGGCAGCUGAGCGUGCGCGUGCGGCCCCUGUCGGAGAUACUGCCGCGAAACAGGGACUGCUCGGUGCCCGUGCCGCCCGGAAUGCUCAGCCCACCGCCACAGGGUGGCAGGUCCCGACGCAUCACCAGUUCGCAGAGCUUGAACACCUUCAACGUGUCUUCCUCGGCGGCGGCCCCUGCACGGUCCGGUGCCAGCUGCUGCUGCACGCCCACCGCGACCACCGGAGGGGGCAGCGACCAGCAGCACACGCCCUGCGAGAACGCUACCGACCCGCGCGCGGACCUGCUCAUCGACCUCGACCAGAGCAACGUCAGGUACCGUGUGGGCGGACCCCGACGCUCGACGAGCAGCUACACGUGGUUCUCGGACGCGAGCAGUUCGGGUGUACCGGCCAGCUCGCCUCUGCAAUUGUCACACAGUGCAUCUCACUGCUCGGGCUACUACUCGUUCGCCGAGGACGACCCGGAGCUGCAGCGUGACAUUAUGAACUUCCUGACGGGACACGGACCAAGGUCGCGGCCCUCGUCGCUCAACUCCGCCACGGCCGCCGCCAUCGAGCUGAGCACGUUCAGCGCAGCCGCCCAGCCGGGCAUACAGGUGGUAAAGGAGCGCGCGCGCUCCUGGGACCGCGUGUCGCAGCGCACGCCCACCGUGUGCAGCCAGGCGGCCGUUGUGGUGUCCAAGCGGGCGCCCAUCCAGGCCAUCAAGGAGGAGAGCUGCCAGAGCACGCCCGUGCGCCUGCGCAGCGCCACCGGCCGAGCGGGACACGGCAGCCCGCCCGGAGGGCGCACGGAGCUUCACCAGUGGCGACUUUGCUUCUACGUGUUUGGAGGCCGAGAGCAGGGCGCCCCGGGACUCUACCGGCAGCCCAUCUCCAUCUGGAAGCUCUACGUCUGAGGAAGCCACGAUAGCCCCGAAUCCAGCGCCGCACUAUUCUUCGUGUGGCACUAUUCCUCGUAACGUCCGUCGACCACUGGGAAGCUAGAAGCAGCUGCGUGCUCUUUUGCCCCGCAACUGGGGAACCCAGCCUUCUACAGUGGACUUGGUCUUGCCGACCCUAAAACGAAAUCGAGAAAAGAGUUAGGCUCCGAUGACUGUCUCAGUGUCGGCGUUAAAUAAUGGAUGCGAUGACACGGGAAAUGAGUGAAUUCGGUGCCGAUGCGAUUUCGUAGCGCCUUGGCGUGGUGUUUUGCCUGCUGGCACCCUUCGGUAAAUGUACAGUACUCACGGAUUGAA